AGUGCUGUCCCUCACGUUCUUCUGUCUCACACUCUCACUACCCCAACUUAAAUACUCACAUGACUGUGGAGUGUGGGCGAUAAUCUGUGAGAGGAGGAGGAUCUCAAGUCUCAAAAGACUCCGAUCGACCACUUCAAUUGCCAUGAGAAAGGAAGAACUACCGGCGUCCGUCGCCGGCAAAUUCUCCGUAUGCUUCGAGACAAAACCCUUGGUAGCUACAUUGGUGGCUGUAACGAUGGUCAUGGUGAUUUGGAAUUUCCAGCCCUACUACGACAACUUCCUCUCCACCGCCAGCCGUUGUUCUUCCUCCGCCGCUCCCACCACUACCACCGUAUUUCCACCCAAUUUCUCCAUUAACUCACCGGAUGGAAAGAAGAAGCUGUUGUCCGCCGCCCUCAGCACGAAACCCUCCCCACCAAAGGCUGACCCAAACAAGCGUCUCUUCUACUCUUACGGAAACGCCGCCUCUCUCUUUGUCCAAAUGGGUGCUUACCGUGGCGGUCCCCAAACCUUCGCCGUAGUUGGCCUCGCCUCCAAGCCCCUUCACGUAUUUGGCCGUCCCUGGUACAAAUGCGAGUGGAUCUCCAACAAUCGCUCCUCCCCCUCCAUUAAAGCCAAGGCCUAUAAAAUGCUUCCGGAUUGGGGCUACGGUCGGGUGUACACAGUUGUCGUCGUGAACUGUACCUUCUCUGAAAACCCUAACAAGGACAACACUGGUGGGAAGCUCCAACUGUACGCUUAUUACGGCGAAUCGCCAAAAAGGUACGAGAAGAUCGUGGUCUUGGAAGAAGAACCAGGGUCCUACGACGAGUCCAAGUAUCGCCCACCGUAUAAGUAUGAGUAUCUUUACUGUGGGUCAUCCUUAUAUGGGAACCUGAGCGCUGCGAGGAUACGGGAAUGGAUGGCCUACCACGCUUGGUUCUUCGGGCCGAGCUCGCAUUUUGUGUUUCACGACGCUGGAGGAGUGACGCCGGCGGUGAGGGCAGCUCUGGAUCCGUGGGUGCGAGCCGGGAGGGUGACGGUUCAGGACAUUAGAGCUCAGGAGGAGUUUGAUGGGUACUACUAUAACCAGUUUCUGGUGGUGAACGACUGCCUGCAUCGGUACCGAUACGCUGCGAACUGGACAUUUUACUUCGAUGUGGAUGAGUAUAUAUAUCUACCCGACGGGAACACAUUGGAAUCGGUUUUGCAGGAAUUCUCUGAUUAUACCCAGUUCACCAUUGAGCAGAAUCCCAUGUCUAGUAAACUCUGCCUGAAUGAUUCGUCUCAGGAUUACUCCAAGGAAUGGGGUUUCGAGAAGCUACUGUUCCGAGACUCUCGCACAAGAAUCAGAAGAGACAGGAAGUACGCGAUUCAGGCUACGAAUGCUUAUGCGACGGGAGUACACAUGUCGGAGAAUGUGAUCGGAAAAACGCUUCACAAGACAGAGACAAAGAUCCGAUACUACCAUUACCAUAGUUCUAUAACGGUAUCAGGGGAACCGUGCCGGGAAUUUGUCCCGAUGCAGAAUAAGAAUAACGUCACGUUGUUCGAUAAGCUCCCCUAUGUGUACGACGACAACAUGAAGAAGCUUGCCAACACCAUCAAGGACUACGAGCAGAAAACGAUCGGGGCCGUACAUUCUUUCUCACGAUGACAAAUUGAGCAUCUAAUGAUAACGCGUGGCAUCAUCAUGUGCAGGUGGAUAGGAUGUCAGGUCCUCCAAGCGGUGACCACCACUCCUAGGACUCUGUGUGGACUAUAAUCUAUUUAUAGGUAUGGACCUCAUCUAUCAAUGGAUCUGGGUAUCACUGAGGCCUUUGCUUUUGGUUUUGGUAAAAUGUAAUAGGGAAUAAGGCCUUUGGUUUGGUAUAAAGUAUUGGUGGUGGGGUUCUCUGCUGCUUGAUAUUCGCUGGUGAAGAAAGGUGGUGAUGAGGCCUCCUGACCUGAGGGAUGGCGUCAAAUUGUUAAUUUGUUAAUUAUUGAUUGAUUUCUGUGUAAAAGUUGUCCUUAUUCUACUUUUGUAAUUUAUUUUUGGAAAUAGUUUCCUCCACCCAUUGAAUAGGGUUUACAAA